CGCACAAAAGCCGAACCGUGCUCGACGGGUGAGCGGAACCGCGGGUACGGCCGCACAUUGACUUUGAGCCCAAAAUGGCCUCCGCAAUAGACCUUACGCUGGAUGAUGACGAUAGUGUAGAGCUGAUGGGCCCUCCAGUAACAGAUUUGACAGCCGACUCUCAGGACUCACUGCCGCCGCCGCGGCGCGCCCCGGCCACGGCGGCGGCGCCAGCGGCCGCACCAGUGGCGACGGAGUCACAGCAGGAGGCGCCGGCAGCGCUGCAGGCGCCGCAGGACGCCGGCCCCGCGCCGGCGCCGGAAGCGCCGCCUGCCCCACCGCCCCCAAGGCCCGGCACGCUCCUCGCGCGCAAGGCCAAGUUCUCGUACUUCGACACCUUUGAGGACACGGAUGAUGAGUUAGAGACCACCCAUGAAUUAAGAAUCGAAAGCGCGCACGAGGACGACCAGAAAAUAAGGUGCGCCUGCUUCGCCGAUCUCCACCGGCACCAGUGGGACAAGGCCUACUUCGUGGGGGACGGGGAAGAUCGGAGAAGGGUCGACACGGCGGAGUGGUUCCGGGACCACGCGCCGGCCGACAUAGGGCUCGCCAUCUUCGCCGGCGACCUAGGCCUCGAGCAAAAUGAUGAAUUGGCGACGGAGAGCGGCCGCGGCAUCGACCGGAGGGCCAAGGGCAUACUGGAAACGGGCCACGAGAAGGAAUUGGCGUCGGUGGAGGCCUGGGCUACUUUAUUCAGAGACAUCAUCGACGCGCGGCCCCGCUGUCACAUCAUCGUGAUUGGCGGCAACCACGACGGGUUACUUUGUGAUGAUGACUUAUGCGACUCGUGCGGCGCCAUGGAUCGAGUAGCGCAUCGCUGGCAGACCGAACGAAGAAGGCCCUGGGGCCGGACGGCGAGAGAGGCGACGGACGCCGUGGUCCGGCUGCUCCAAGGUAGUUAUCCUGGUCAGAUCCAUGUCUUGCGGGAGACGCACGUCGAUGUUGAUGUGGAGACCAUUGGUGGAAACACGGCGCAGCUACGCGUCAUCGGCAGUCCCGUGACGCCGCUCAUCCCCUUGACGGACCAGCAGACUAAGGCAGAUCAGAUCCCCUGCGCGUCAGGCCACAACGGCAUCCGGCCCGACGACCACGCCGAGUCUUUACAAAGGUGGGACUCGCUCCUCAAACGGGCGGACUGUGACCGAGGUGUGAUUAUGGUGGCCCAUGGACCGCCCUACGGUAUUCUGGACCUCGUGCAGCGCGAGCGGCGCUGCGGCUGCGACGCCUUCGCCCAAGCCCUGUCGCAACACAAGGCGCCGUCGCUCUGCGUCUUCGGCCACGUCCACGCCCAGCAGUCGGACGAGGAGGCGGGGCCGCGGCUCUGCGUGUCGCGGCGCCACCCGGGCACGCUCUUCGCGAAUGCGGCGUCGGAGACGGGCCUCCCGGACAUCACGGGCUACCGGUUGAUCGAGGGAACGGGACGCUACGACGACGUGGCGAUGCUGCGCCCGCCGACGGUCCUGGACAUCCCCGUCCACGGCUUCAAGGAGGCCCCCGACCAGCCCGUCGCCCCGAAGCGCAAGUACUGGCGCGACCCGAACGACCCCGCGCCGGCGGAGCCCGUGCGGUGGGUGCGGCCGAAGCGGCGCGCGUACCCCGAGCUCGCCGAGGCCGAGGACCUCCACGAGGGUUCCGCGAAGAGGGCGCGCGUCGACGACGACGGAAGCGACGACGGGACCGACGACGGCGUCUAGGAGCCGCGUGUAAUGUUGUUGAGGAGUACUUAGGCUUGGCGUACU